AUGGCCGUCUUCUGCUGCUGCACUUCGGCACGGUCGUCCAAAACACGGACAAUCGCACCAAGAAGUCCUGAGCCUGUGUUACCUUCACCACCACCCCUUGCUCGCCUCCCCGGACCCCUUACCCUGAAUCCAGUCAAUCCACUCUCGACUGAGACAUCGCCCAGAUCGCUCUCAUCACUUCAGCCUUCGGUACCUGCCACCAUCAGCCCCAUCGAACCCAUAGAGCUCGGCCAGUUGGUAGUCGAAGACUCGGACAGUGAAGAUGAGCCUGACCAUCCAGCACCCCACAAUAAGAGCACCAGCACCCUCCACCUGGUCCGCACCCGUAUCCGCCGUCACCUCUCCCAGGAUUCGCUCUCAAAGAAGAAGGCUCGGUCUGCAGUGGGCUUCACCGAGGAGGAGAUUCAGCGACGAGCCGAGCUGAAACGGCUUAUGCACAAAAGAAUCCAGGAGGAGCUCCGGAGUGAAGAAGGACAAAAAUCCACACGGAGUGAAGUCUCCUCUGAUCGACACCCUGGCAGUCCCAAGAUUGACCUUCUUCCUGGCGGCGGACCGCGGGACAAUAUCGAGUUUGUUGUUGCCGAUGACAGCAGGCCCAACUCACCCGGAAUGAACAGUGAAGCACCGGAUGCUGGUCAGACUGAUCCCGAAGCUCUUGCACCGGUUGCCGCAAAUUCCAAAACAGUUCGAGAACAAGGCUCCUUCCCAGAGAUGCCAGCAUCACCAGAUCUUGUGCCUCGGCGGUAUCCAAGCACUAGCGAGACCUCAUCAAUUGCUUCCUGGCGGCUUUCUUACAGUGCAGGCCAGCUCGACGAACUGGCCAGCUACAUUGACCGAGGAGAGCCAUCGAGUCAUGUAGAUGCUGUGCACAGCUCCUCUGCGUCACACCCGGAAUCCAUCAUUCGUCUUCCAACCUCGGGAUUGGAUCCACCACGCCCUGCCCAUUCGUUGUCACGCUCACAUUCGUCACCCGCCCGACCCGGCACGCAAGUUACUGAGACUGCAUCCGUUGUAGAGCAGUCUCCAUUGAGCGUCUGGCUGCGAAGUCAGGGCCUUCGAUCUCGUUCUUCCUCGCCUGCAAGAUCAUCCGAACAAGACUUUGAGCAAGGUGCAAGUGUUCAGCAAGCCGAGGUGGUUUAUCUCAGGAGAUGGAGCUCUGUUCAAAAUUCUGCCGUCCCAGAGGCUGAGAGUCAGAAGCCGGAAAUAGUCCACCUCUACGACAUGGAUAUUCAUCGCCAGUUGGGAACUCAAACUUUCAACACACCAAUGGAUUCUCCAACACGAUCCCGAUCGAUGAGAAACAGUGGUGCAAGCGGUUCCUGCGGUGCUCAAACUUCGGGAAGUACAAUCCGUCCUUCUUCCGACCCUCCAAGCAAACCUCCAAGCAACAAGUCGACUUUCAGCCACUCUGAAGUUAUCUUGGCUCCACACGACCCGAAUAACCUGGGGACUAAAUCAUCGUCGGUGUACCCAUCAGCUGGACAAAGUGUACAGUUGAGCGCAGGCGCGUCUACUCUUGAUCUUCCGGCGACACUUGCCCCCCACGAGUUACCGCCAGCUUUUACUUUGCCAGGUUUCAAAUGGCUCGAUGCUGUGAAUAAUCCAUACCUUGUAGGAGAACCGGUGGAAAGUUCCCACCGAACAACAGGAGAAAACUCGGCCAACAACAGUUUGCCACUUCUGGAAGGACGCUCAGAGCUCCACAGGUCUUCGACAGUUACAAAAGCCGAUGCCUCGAGCAGGGUCCGCAAGGAGUCUCAACUGGAUACGGUUGAAAAGAGUAUCGGAUAUUUUCAUCUUGGCCACGGUGCACCUGCACUUAUCGUCAAGAGGUUCCGGAAGGAGGCAGACACACCUCCCCCGGAGCCGGUGAAACACUCUUUUCUGGCACGCCUUCAUUUAACCAUCCCUAGAAGAACCAAAAUAAGCCCACGAAACUUUGACGGCGCGGUCACAGAACAAGAACAGGAGCAGGGGCAGGGACCGAACUGGGAGCCAGAGCCGUCACCACCACCGUUGAGACAUUGUCCAGGCGUCAAACGUGGGCGUCCUGACUCUUGGGGAACAGCCAUCACCUCACUGUACCACCCUCUAACCCCGAUUCUUUCCGAGUAUGAAGGCAGUGCAGAUGAUCUGUGGAGGUUAGGCAUACGCGACGAGUCUCCGAAACAACAGACGGAGUCUCGCGGUAUCAAAGCCCAUCGCCGUGGUUCAAGUUUCCCCGAAAGUCUGAACAAGAGGCUCCAAGCUGUUGCCGAUUCGGAGCACAGUGGCAGCUCCUCUGGGUAUAUGGGUGUUCCGAGUACUGACCCGUCUUGUCGUUUCUCGUCUGCACCGGGCUCGCCGGUCUCUCAUACAACUGAUUGCGGCUUGUCGUCCAUCGCAGAGACGACCGAGACCCCCAAGCGCAGUUCGUCCACAGGCCUCCAAAGCCCAAUUUACGAUGCAUUCAGAACACACUACCCAGCAAGAAGCAGCGAUUUCACCCGAGACUGUCCCAGAUCCCCACUGGCACAGACAGGCUCCCGACUUCGUGACUCUUCUACUCCUGGCGACCAAUCUACCUGCGUCACCCCUGAGCUCGUUGUGGACCACCCGGAAAUCGUGAUUGAAGCCGCACGCCAACCCCACAAAAACGACUCCCGCCUUACUCUCAAGUCGAGCACCCAGUCCUUCUCUGGGAAGUUUGGAAAAGCCAUCAAGUCAAGUUUUGGAAAGCUCGUCCCCCACCGCGGGCCCUCCAACAGCACUGGUUCGAAGUCGCUGGAAAGCCUCAAAAGGCGAGGAAGCGGAGCCAGAGCAGAGGUUGUGAAACUUCAAAAGUCACAAGACGUAGGAGUUUCAUGCCGGGGCCCGAAGUAUUGGCAGACAAAUACGCCAAAAAGGGGUCGCACGAUUUCUCUCAGCACACGGAUGGCGACCUUGUUGCAUUCUGACUCGAAUCCCGAAGAGGAGAAGCGACAGCAUCCUAGCCAUCACCAGCUCCGGCAUCGUGCACCUCUUUGUGCACUGCCUAUAAACACACCUAUUCGAGAUCGACAAGCCAGCAGUAGCGCAGACAACAGCAAAGACUCGUCGACGACAGCCGAAAAGUUUAUUACGCCAUUCAGCUCAUUUUAUCACAGCAACAAUGAUACGGCAUCGUUUCACUCUUGUCAUGAUAAAGGGGAUACUACGGAUAUCAAUUCCAUCAAAAGCGAUAGCACACUGGCUCAUCGACUGCAUAUUGCCUCGGCGCCUCACUUGAGUGCGCCGCCGGCGGGAGCGGCCAAGUUUCAGACUUGGAGUGGGAGGGAGAGGAGCAGGCCGCUGAUUACGGUGCAGAGCAUGGAGCAGAUGCGGUUGAGGAGGGUGAAUACAGUGGUGAGAGUUGUGUGAUGUGUGUGUUGAGGGAACUGGUGAAGGGUGACAGUGUGUGGUCAAGAAUGGUCAGCGGGUGCUUGAGUGAGCAACAAGGCAGAUUUUGUUUUUGGUUGUUUAUGAUGGGGGUUUAUGAAGGACAGCUUUUUUUUUUUUUUUUUCGCAUGGUGGGCUGUUUUGGUAGGUGCAUGUCUAUACUAUUUCAGCUCUUAUGACGCCGACCUCAAGGACGCAGCAAAAAAAGAGGGGG